GGAGCGGAGCGGGCGGCGAAUGUGAGCGCGGGGCCGCGGCCCGCUCGGUCCGUCGCUCGGUCGGGGCCCGCGCGGGAGGAGCCGCGCCGCGGAGCCGCAGACAUGUUCGGACGGCCGCGGAGCUGGGUGGGCGGGGGCCACGGCAGGGCCUCCCGGAGCAUCCACUCCUUGGACCAUCUCAAGUACAUGUAUCACGUCUUAACCAAAAACACCACCGUAACAGAUCACAACCGUAACUUAUUGGUGGAGACUAUUCGUUCCAUCACAGAGAUCCUUAUCUGGGGAGACCAGAAUGACAGCUCCGUGUUUGACUUCUUCCUGGAGAAGAAUAUGUUCGUCUUCUUCCUGAACAUCCUGCGUCAGAAAUCCGGUCGUUACGUCUGCGUUCAGCUACUGCAGACCUUGAACAUCCUCUUUGAGAAUAUCAGCCACGAGACCUCACUGUAUUAUUUGCUGUCUAAUAACUAUGUAAAUUCUAUAAUUGUCCACAAAUUUGACUUUUCCGAUGAGGAGAUCAUGGCCUAUUAUAUAUCAUUCCUGAAAACACUGUCACUAAAACUCAACAAUCACACUGUCCAUUUCUUUUACAAUGAGCAUACUAAUGACUUUGCCCUGUACACGGAAGCCAUUAAGUUUUUUAAUCACCCCGAAAGCAUGGUUAGAAUUGCAGUAAGAACUAUAACCUUAAACGUCUAUAAAGUGUCAUUGGAUAACCAGCCUAUGCUCCACUACAUCCGAGAUAAAACCGCCGUCCCUUACUUCUCCAAUUUGGUCUGGUUUAUCGGGAGCCACGUGAUAGAACUCGAUGACUGCGUGCAGACAGACGAAGAACACAGAAAUAGAGGAAAGCUGAGUGAUUUGGUAGCCGAGCAUCUUGACCACCUGCAUUACCUCAAUGACAUCCUUAUCAUUAAUUGUGAAUUUUUAAACGACGUCCUCACGGACCACUUACUCAAUAGGCUCUUCCUCCCCCUCUAUGUGUAUUCUUUAGUCAACCAAGACAAGGGUGGAGAACGUCCUAAAAUAAGUCUCCAGGUUUCUCUCUACCUUCUGUCCCAGGUUUUUCUAAUUAUACACUAUGCGCCCCUGGUAAACUCACUGGCUGAGGUCAUUCUGAAUGGGGAUCUCUCAGUGUUUUCAUCCAGGAUUGAACAGGAUGUUCAGAAGAGUUCUACAAAGUCAAGCAUUAGAUGUUUCAUUAAACCGACAGAGACCCUGGAGAGAUCUCUUGAGAUAAAUAAGCAGAAGGGGAAGAAAAGGGUGCAGAAGAGACCCAAUUACAAAAAUGUUGGUGAGGAAGAGGAAGAGGAGAAAGGACCUGAAGAAACGCCAGAAGAUUCUGAGAAAUCUAAAGGUACAGAGGGUAGUACAAAAGGCAUCAAGACAAGUGGGGAGAGUGAAGAAAUAGAGAUGGUGAUCAUGGAGCACUGCAGGCUGUCCGAAUUGGCCAUCUCUGCAGUGACAGAGCAGAACACGACGGACGAAGAAAAGAGUGCGGCUGCCUCAGGGAGCGAGACCUCGCAGUGGAGCAGGCCUUUCCUAGAUAUGGUCUAUAAUGCAGUGGACAGUCCUGAAGAUGACUAUUAUGCUCUUUUUGUGCUGUGUCUUCUGUAUGCCAUGUCUCAUAACAAAGGAAUACACCCCGGGCGGUUAGAAAGGAUUCAGCUUCCCGUGCAGCAAGUGGAGGAAAAGACCUCCUACAAUCAUUUACUUGCGGAAAGACUCAUCAGAAUCAUGAACUAUGCGGCUCAGCCAGAUGGAAAAAUCCGACUGGCGACUUUGGAGCUUGGCUGCUUGUUACUCAAGCAGUUGGUACUGGCAAAUAAUGGCAGUAUUAUUAAGGAUGUCCACCUUGCCUGCCUUGAGGGUGCAAGAGAAGAAAGUGUUCACCUUUUGAGACGAUUUUAUAAGGGAGAAGAAAUUUUUCUGGAUAUGUUUGAAGAUGAAUACAGGAGCAUGACAAUUAAGCCCAUGAAUGUAGAGUACUUGAUGAUGGAUGCCUCAAUCUUGCUUCCUCCAACUGGCACACCACUGACUGGUAUUGAUUUUGUGAAACGUUUGCCGUGUGGAGAUGUUGAAAGAACUCGCAGAGCCAUCCGUGUUUUCUUUAUGCUUCGCUCACUGUCACUCCAUCUGCGGGAUGAACCGGAAACUCAGUUACCCCUGACAAGAGAAGAGGAUCUAAUCAAAACAGAUGAUGUUCUGGAUUUGAAUAACAGCGAUUUAAUUGCUUGCACAGUGAUGACAAAAGAUGGAGUUAUGGUGCAGCGCUUUCUGGCCGUGGAUAUUUACCAGAUGAGUUUGGUGGAGCCAGACAUUGCAAGACUGGGCUGGGGAGUGGUGAAAUUUGCAGGCCUUCUGCAGGAUAUGCAGGUCACUGGAGUAGAAGACGACAGCAGAGCACUGAACAUAAUUAUUCACAAGCCCGCCUCAAGCCCCCACUCCAAGCCCUUCCCCAUCCUCCAAGCCACGUUUAUUUUUUCGGACCACAUCCGCUGUAUCAUUGCCAAGCAGCGCCUGGCCAAGGGCCGCAUCCAAGCUCGGCGCAUGAAGAUGCAACGGAUAGCGGCUCUCCUGGACCUCCCAGUCCAGCCUUCGACGGAAGUUAUGGGGUUCGGACACAGCUCCGCCGCCACCUCUCAGCACCUGCCGUUCCGCUUCUAUGAUCAGUCACGCCGGGGCAGCAGCGAUCCGACCGUUCAGCGUUCCGUCUUUGCGUCGGUCGACAAGGUGCCAGAUGGCUCCUGAAGAUUUCUGAUGGUUGAAAUGUUUCUUUGUUUAUCAAGGCUGUCAAGUUGUGACAUUCUAUAGAAAUGAAUGUACAUUUCCCCCCACAUUUUUAUUUAUACACAGGUAUACAGAUAUGCGCACACACACACACACAUUUUAGUAUCUCAAAAACACCUCUAAGUACCUCCAUCAAUUCAAAGGCUGCUUUUUCAUUCCAAAAGUGUGUGCCUUGGAGGAAUCUAUCAAUUUGCUUUUCACAUAUAGUCCUUUGUUCCCAAAUCCUUCGGCAGGUUUAUAUUCAUUGUGAAAUAGGAUUUUCUUUUCCCUGGUUUUUUUUUCUGAAAAUUGCGCAAAAAGAAACAUUUAAUGGAAAUUGGAAUUCUAUAAUUUCAUCUCAAGAAUGUCAAGAAAGAAAUAGCUCUAGAGAAUGGGGAGUUCUAUCUGACGGUUCCAGGGUGCCGUAUUUGAAACAACAUUAUUUAAUUAUGUUCUACAGCAUCCUGAGCACUGCACAAAAUAAGUGUUGGCAUCUUUUCUGUGGUUAAUAUUUUUGUUCUGUUUCUGGAUUGGCAGAACUUAAAACAAUGUGGUACUAAAUAUAAAUGUGACUUGUAUCAUAGCCAAUGCACCUAAUUUUAGACUCUAAAAAGGGAAUAAUUCUGGAGAUUUAUCCAAAUUUUGAUCAUCUUUCACUUUGCCCAGUGGGUUAAUAUAUACACUGUAUUGUUCUGCACUUAUUGUUAUAAAACUGUUCUUGGAUGUAGUGAUGUGUAAAACACUAUUCACUUCGCAGAUCAAAUAGACUUAGGCAGCCUGAGGAGUAUGUGCUUCUAUGCAUGUGUAUUCUGUAGUCAUUUGGCUGUAAUCUGUGCGUCCUAGCAAACUGCUGGAAUGGAGUAGCAAGGAGGAGUACUGUUUAAGAGCUGAGCUUUUAAUCUGGCAGAAAAAGAUAGUAUCGUGAAAUCUCAGACAUCUAAGAACUCCAGAGUGUCUUGGAAAAAACCUCCUUUUGCCAGAUUUUCAGGGUAACACUGAGGUAAACUUCAACUGGCUUCCAGUGUUGAUCAAAUUUUUGUGGACCAUUAAACGGGGUGUUGGAGA